AUGUCAGAAAAUAAUGCCACUACAACCUCAGAGGCACAGCCCUCAAACAUCAAGAAUCCCAGCGGACACGAUGAAGUCAAAGCGGACGGUGAUGGAUGGCUGGUGCCCGGGGUUGGCAUAUUUUCCAAGCGAGCUGUGUACACAUUUGAAGGACAGUCGCUGCCGGAGGGCCUCAUGAAGAGUAAUUACACCGUUCGCUGCAAGAAUUGGACCGGCAUUCCUUUCAACAAGCGAUUUGACCCAGCCAACGUUCGGUGCUUCAGAGGAUUCCUCCGCCUGGCAGUUCCGGGAGCCCAGAAACCCUCAAAGCAGACUGGCUACGCGGUCAGCUGCGCAGAGGUGACGACCGUGGAGGAGAAAAUUCUGUACGGGAGCUUUCGAACCACUGCUGUCUUCAGCACCGAGCCCGGCACCUGCCAUGGGAUCUUCUUCUACAAGGACGAUACUCAGGAAUGUGAUAUCGAAUACGUGACCGAUCCGACAUCGUUGGCAAACAAUGGUCCCAACGCUCCAAUCCCUCUUUGGUACACCAACCAAGCCAUAGAUCCCACAAAGAUGGACAAGUCAUGUGAAAGCGGACCGGCUCCAUCUAGCUGCACUACUCACACCCAUGAGUAUCGAAUUGACUGGACCCCGGACUUCACAGCAUUUUACAUAGACGGUGUUUGCCAGAAAAACUUCACCAACAAUAUUCCAAACGUGCCAGGCCAGUUGGUCUGGAACAACUGGGCCAAUGGUGAUAAAGGUUGGGCAGUGGGGCCUCCGAGUCGUGAAAACGUCUUCAAAAUCCAGAAAAUCAUCAUGUACUAUGACACCGCAACCAGCGAGUCAGGUGAUUCUGGGUAA